GAUAUGAACAUAAACUUAAUCCAAAUAUUUUGAUUCUUUCAGAAGAAAAUGAUACAUUUAUCGAACGAGGUUACCAGCAGAUUGUACCAGAUGGGCGUCGACAAGGGAAUAAUCAAUCCUGAGAAAUACUCGUUGAAAACGUUCGAGAGAGACGAUAGUGUCUAUAAAGAUCUGUACAAAAAUAUGUUUCAUUGAACGAUCACCCAAUUGACUAUGGAGAGAGGAUUGUAAUGAAUAAUUUUGGUGUUAUGGUUGACACGCAGGAGCCAUUGCUGGAACCUAAAAACGUGAUCGACAGAAGUAACACAACGCAGGAUUUCUUAACGUACAAUAGCGUAAACUGUAAUAAGGAUAAUUAUUACGAUGAAAUGCAGUAAGUGGCUGAUAACAGAAAAAUUAACCAGGACGUACCUACUUCUCGCUAAUCUAUUACUAAGACGUUUGAUAUCAUUAUUUGCGUUAUGAAAUGUGUAGAAUAUAAAAUCAAGGGAAGUUUUUGAUGCCAUAUAGAGCUAACAAUCAUGGAGACAGUACAGCUUGUAUUGUUACUAUUGGUCAGCAUCAAUUUUGUAAGGUGCAAUGAUAUCGGCGAGGAUGGAGAAUCUUCAAAUCAUUUUACUACCCAACUGUACAAAACUGGCGUCGAUUUAGGUAUAAUCAGCCCUGAAAAAUAUUCUCUUGAAGCUUUCGAGAGAGACGAAAACAAUGUCUUUAAGGAUUUGUAUGAUGAGUACAUCUCACUCAAUUACAGUGAGCCGAUUAAUUACAGCGAGUGGAUUGUAAUGAACAAUUUCGGCAUUCUGGCCGACACGAAAGAGUCAUUGUUCGAGAGGAAAAUUACGAAGCGCAGCACGGCAGAUAAUAAGCGGCGGUUUGUGAAUACUGUUCGGAGGGGAGACAUAUUGGUGUCAGGACGCGGAAUAGGGGGUAUUGUGGGCCACGCGGCCAUCAUGACUACGGACAACAUCGUGUUGGAGAUGAAAGGCGGGCCGAGCGGCACUCCGAGCAACAACCGGCAGCUGAGCAAGCACAAGUGGUUCGACGACCACGCGACUGACUGGACCACUGUCUACCGCGUGCCCAAUGCCAACGUAGCCCGGGAAGCGGCCAGGUGGGCCGACCACAAGUAUUACAACCCCUCUGGAGGCGCUACUAAAACAAUUCACAUAACCUAUAAAAUCGACACUAAUAUAUGGAAGAUAAACCCCAGUUAUUGCUCGAAGCUCGUGAUUCAGGCGUACUACUUCGGCACCGGAAGUAAAAAGGUCAUAAACGAUGAUGUGUCUGUUCGCCGGGUAAUCGUCCCGACGUUGAUCCCGUCUUACUUUGUUUCUCCGUAUAAAUUGAGGAAUAUGGGGAAAUUCUAAAAAUAUUUUUAAUGUUUACUUACCUCGUACUCUAUAGCUUUAAUGUUAAAAACAUCAAUAUAAUGUAUGAAUACAUGAUAAAAUGUUUGAUUUGACUUUCACGUUUCAUAUUACUCAUAUUAGGUACAAUAUAAUGAUGACCUUUUCAAAGUAAUAAGUUUGAAGGUCAAACGAUUAGUGCUACUAAUAACAGGGCAUCCCCUAUUUUUUAUCAGAUCAGAUCAGUAUCAGAUCUAAAUUAGUUUUAUCAUCUGUGACCUAAUUGUUAAAGUAUAAAUUGAAACAAUUUCACCUUCGACAUCACUGAAGUGCAAGACUGCAAAACGAAACAUAAAAAUAAUAAACGUUACAAUGAAGACUCCUAUAUUCGUGGUUAUUUUCUUCCUAGGCUCAAAUUUUGCACAUGCGAAUGGAAUUAAUUUGGACCAUAAAGGUGAUAAUAGCCAGCCACCUAGCUCGCCGACCAACGAAGUGUACCAGAUUGGCAUCGACUUGGGAAUAAUCAACCCUGAAAAGUAUCCUUUGGAAGCGUUUGAACAAGACGAACAAAAUGUCUUUAAAGAUCUUUACAAAGAAUACCUCUCGUUGUACGACGACCAGAUUGAUUAUGAGGAGUGGCUUAUCAUGAAUAAUUUCGGCAUCUUGCCAGAUACCCAAGAGUCUCUUUUGGAGAAGAAAUCAAAUGUCACCAGGUCAAAUAACAAGCAGAAAUUCCUCAAUACUGUAAGGACAGGCGAUAUCUUGAUAACGGGGAACGGAAUCGGAGGUCUUGUCGGCCAUGCCGCCAUCAUGACCACUGACAACUGGGUGGUGGAGAUGCCGGGAGGCAAAGGCUGGCAGAACGGCAUCGCAAGCAAUAAUAGACGGAUUAGCAAGAGCGCUUGGUAUGAGGUCUUCAAGGCAGGGUGGACGAACGUGUACCGGUGUCGUAACAAUGCUGCCGCUAAGGAAGCGGCGUCGUGGGCUACUCGAAGGUACUUUAACUCAAAAGGUGGCAACACGAAGAACGUCCACAUCACUUACAAGAUCACCACCAACACCGCGGUCGUGACCCCAGCUACUGCUCCAAGCUCGUCGUGCAGGCCUACCACUACGGAACUGGCAGCAGGAAGGUUAUUGACACUAACAAACUUAACAAGAUCAUCGUACCCACCACUGUUCCUUCGUACUUUCUAUCUGGUUAUAACUUACGAAACAUGGGAAAAUUCUGAAAAUAGUUUUAAGUAGAUUUAAGUAGAAUUGUAGGUUUAGGUAUAAUUUAUGGUUUAAAUAAAUCAAGUCUUUAUUGUGUUUACUAUGUAUAAGUGACAGUUGAACCAUUGUGAUUAUUUUGAACCUUUCUUACUUACAUACGAUAGGUAUUAUUAAUGCAUUAUUACCAAAAUGUUCCUUUAUAGCGGUAAAUAAGUACAAGUAUAUUUUGAUGAAAUGUAGUUUUUAUUGUCUUUUUCUUCUCUUUUUUUUUUACAUGGAUUGUCUAUGGUUUAAUGUAUUUUAUAAUUUUAAAUAACACAAUCUAGUAUGCAAAAUUAUCCUAUACAUAUAUACAACAAAAUGUCAUUUAUUAUUGUCGGCCGUUUGGUGUAGUGGUUCAAAACGGACUACUAUGCCGAGAGGUCCCGGGUUCGAUUCCCGGCCGGGUAGAAAUUGAAAUGAUGAAUUUUGAUUUCUGUGACGGGUCUGGGUGUUUUCUAUGUAUGUUAAGUAUUGUUAAUUGUGAAAAAUAUAAAACGUUAAAAUAGCGGUAUCGUUAUAGCCAAUGAGAUGCUGUCAUAGUGACAUUGACAAUACGUCAAUGUCACACGAGAAACAAACGUCAGAAUAGAGGGACGCGCGGAGACGACUCCGCGCGCUUUUGUGCUAAGUGAUGAAUUGUAUCUAAAAUAAGGCAAUAUAAUGUGAAAGAUGAGUA